AUGUCUGCAAAAGUUUACGUUGGCAAUUUGAGUUGGAAUACGACCGAUGAUACGUUGCGCCAAGCUUUCUCCGAGUUCGGUCAAAUCCUCGAUUCCAUUGUGAUGCGGGAUCGUGAGACUGGUCGCUCGCGUGGAUUUGGCUUUGUCACUUUCAGCACCAGCGAAGAGGCUGAUGCCGCCAUCAACAACCUCAACGAGCAGGAGCUCGAUGGCAGGAGGAUCCGGGUGAACCUCGCCAAUGCCAAAGGCAGUGGUGGCGGUGGAGGAGGUGGUGGCUACGGAGGAGGUGCCUCCGGUGGUGGCUACGGUGGUGGAGGCGCCGGUGGUGGCUACGGUGGAGGCCGUGGUUACAGCGCUGGUGGAGGUCAGGGGGGUUACAACCAGGGCGGCUACGGCGGUGGCGGCCAGCAGGGUUGGUAG